UCCCACCAAAUCUUUAUUCAAGGCCGCCAACAGAAGCCACAAGUGUGAAGAAAUUCUUACUUGCCUUUUGACUCGGACCUGCUGGGAAGGAGACGCGCUAGUUCGGGGGAUUAAAUCUAACACCAUGAAGAGCCAACAGGAACUGCUUGCACAAACUAUGUUAGAGAGGCUCUACACGCGGCUUCAGCAUAUUGUCAGCCAGCAGCCACUUCACCUGGAUUACCUUGAGUUUGUGUGUUACCAGGAGGCCGUUCUUUUUAGCGCUGUCUCUGACCAGAUUCUCAUCCCAAAACCCAUAUUAGAUGCACUCACAGAGCUGCACGACUUGGUUGUUGAAGAAAGAGAAAAUCAGGACCCCAUAGAAUUUGUGCAGGUUUGUCCUGGAGCGUCUGGGCGUCCAAGAUUCAACAUUUCUCCAGAUUAUCUCUUAUACCUCAUCGACCAAGGUCUUCCCGUGCUGUGUAUUGCUAACUUGAUGGGAGUGUCCACUCGCACCAUCUUCAGAAGAAUGAAAGAGUUUGGCUUUUCUGUCAGAGCACUCUAUAGCACCUGUUCAAACACACAGUUGGACCAUUUGGUAACUGAAAUCAAAAAAGACAUGCCUCAUGGCGGGUGCCGCUUGGUUAGAGAAAGCUUGCAGGCCAGAGGGUUCAGAGUGCAGUGGAAGAGGGUGCGGGCCUCCAUGCACCGUGUGGACACCAUUGGCUUCCUUUCUCACUUGAAUCAGCUGGGGUGUGUUGUGCGUCGCACCCACUCGGUUCCUGGUCCCAAAGCUCUGGUCCAAGUGGACACCAAUCGCAAGCUAAUACGCUGUAUAUGA